CCCUCCGCCGGCUUGGGGUGCACGGCCCGCUGUCUGGACAGGGGCACCUCAGCCGGAGCCUGCACAAGCGUCUGAUUGUACGUGAGGUCUCCGGCUGCGGGACCUUCUUGGGUCCUCUGUGGGGAGGGGGUGCCUGGGCAGUGCCUCCAGUUCCUUCAGGGAAAUAAGGGGCCGGAGACAUUGGGGAUGCUGCCUUUGUCUGCAGGCACACUUUGCCUAGGUAGCUGAGGCUCCAGGGAGGUGAGCAAGGGGCUUGGUCUGUGAUUCCUUGGGUUUUGGUUUCCUUUCCCGGCCAGGUCGUGGGAAACCCGCUCGUGGGUGUGGCCGGCACCGCCUUCACCCGGAGGUGAGGCUCAGGCGGGGAGGGGGGUGGUGGGCGUGUAGAAAAGCUUAGCCAGUGCCUUCUCGGCUGCAUUAACCUGGGGGGCACUGCACGGAGGUGGGGCGCCAGCGCCUGGCAGGUUGCUGGACUGGCCUCGGCGCCCCCUGCCCAUUUCCAGAGUACAGGCGAGCAGCGGGGCCCGCAGCGCCCCCUCUGCAUGUAAGCUCGAGGGGACCCCUGUGCCGCAGGCUUGUGCAGGGAGGGGGGCCACGGAGGGCUGGAAGUCCUGCAGAGGAAGCACGCGGCAGUCUCCCCGAGAUGGCGGGGCAGAGCGCCCAGAGGCCGAGCUUCCCGGAGAGGCCAGGCUGCCAACAGCUCCUUCCGGACCCAAGCUGCUGGAAGGCUGAUUUGAGCAGUGCUGCGUCUCUCCCCACCCCUCCCAUAUGAGAGGGUCUAGUGGAACAGCCCCUGUUCCCAUGGCAGGAAGGUGUGUUCGUGCGGGGGGUGAGGCGUCUUUUCAGUGAGACCUGGAAUUGGAGCAAGCUUCGAAGUGAGACUUCAUUGUAUGUAAACGUGGGGGCAUAUCAAGUAGGUGGCAAGCAGCGGGGAUGGGAGAAGCCUAGGUCCAAAUGGAGAGCUGGGAGCUGUAUUCAGCUUGGGGUCUCCCAGCCCCGCCCUUCUCGUGGGCUCUAUCCACAUGGGUAGCCCUGCACUUCUGGAAGUGCUCCCAGUGUCAGAAAAAUGAUUUACCUGAGACCUGUGAAGCAGGAAACCAUUAGAACCCCCACUGGAGGGAUGUGGGCACCAAGUCUCAGAAAGAACUUGGGGAAGGUCAGGCAGCCAAGGGGUAGUAGGCUAUGUCUCAAGCUCAAGUCUUCUGAUGCCAAAUCCUGAGCUCCUUUCAUUAAAGCUGGGUUGUUCCCUACAGGGCAGAUGCUAGGAGCCUGUCUUAGUUGAAAAGGGAAACCUGGCAGCAUUUCCAGGUGUGGCUGGGAUGAGUGGUGAGCGCAGAGGUUUCCCAUGGACACUAGGACCAAGUGGAUGGGGUGCCCCAAGUGGCUGCUCCUCAGUGGCAGCUGCAGUUCCCUUCUCUUGUGCCCUUGAGUGCUGGCCUUCCAGGAGGACUGUCCACACCCCAGCUCUCAUUUCCUUUUUGUUCACUCCUCUGUUUUUCCCAUUUGCUUUCCCUUUCAUUUCCUGCCUCUCAUGUAAAUGAGGAAAAGGUGAGAAAGCAGAGAACACAGGGAAACUUUCUCUUACUGAGUUUGCUGUGAGAAACGGAGGCCCUUCUUUUUUCCUCUAACACCUCUAUAUGGUUCCUACUGUUUCUUUUCCUCCCUGACUUUCUUCAUGGGCCCCAUUGUUGGCUGUGCUUUACUGGCAGAUAGUCGCCUCCCAGAGUGCAGUCCCCUUGUGAGUACAGGGCAGGUAGAAGUUCUUGGUCACACUGACUUUCUUCCUGCCCUAACCCCUCCUCCCUGGCUAGCCCCUUAGGUGCUUAGAGGUGCCUCUGGCCUCAUGGCUCACCCCUGCUAAAGCUUACCUAUUAAGAACUUUGGGUCAGGCUCAGGCAGAUCCCAGCUCUGCCAUCUACCAGUUGGAUGUCACAUAAAUCUCUUUGGACUUUGGUUUGUCUAACAAUAAAUGUUACUCUAAGUGUUUUACAUAUACAACCCACGUAAUCCUCCAAGACGCUGUGUGGUUAGUACUGUAAUCAACAUCUUACAGAUGAAAUAACUAAGGGGAGAGGUUAAGGACACAGUCACACAGGUAGGAAGUGGCAGAGCCAGGAUUGGAAUUCCAGUAGCCUGGCUUCUGAAUCUAAAAACAGUCGUGCUCAAUAAUUGAUAACCAUUUUUAUUAGUGGGUCAGUUCCCUUGCUAUGGGGCCCCCAUACCCAUUGACUGGAGAUGCUGCCUCCUGCCUGACCCCACAUCUCCCACCUUCCCUGCCAGAUGCCGGUGCAGCUAACGACAGCCCUGCGUGUGGUGGGCACCAGCCUGUUUGCCCUAGCAGUGCUGGGUGGCAUCCUGGCAGCCUAUGUGACAGGCUACCAGUUUAUCCACACAGAAAAGCACUACCUAUCCUUUGGCCUGUAUGGUGCAAUCCUGGGCCUGCACCUGCUCAUCCAGAGCCUGUUUGCCUUCUUGGAGCACCGACGCAUGCGGCAGGCUGGCCGGCUGCUGAAGCUGCCCUCUCUGCCACGGGCCUCAGUGGCACUCUGCAUCGCCGCCUACCAGGAGGACCCUGACUACUUGCGCAAGUGCCUGCGCUCGGCUCAGCGCAUCGCUUUCCCUAACCUCAAGGUGGUCAUGGUGGUGGAUGGCAAUCGCCAGGAGGACGCCUACAUGCUGGACAUCUUCCAUGAGGUGUUGGGUGGCACCGAGCAAGCUGGCUUCUUUGUGUGGCGCAGCAACUUCCACGAGGCGGGUGAGGGUGAGACUGAGACCAGCCUGCAGGAGGGCAUGCACCGUGUGCAGGAUGUGGUGCGGGCCAGCACCUUCUCAUGCAUCAUGCAGAAGUGGGGAGGCAAGCGUGAGGUCAUGUACACAGCCUUCAAGGCCCUUGGAGAUUCGGUGGACUACAUCCAGGUGUGUGACUCUGACACUGUGCUCGAUCCAGCGUGUACCAUCGAGAUGCUUCGUGUCCUGGAGGAGGAUCCCCAAGUAGGGGGAGUCGGGGGAGAUGUCCAACCCCCAAGGAAAGGUACGGCAGUAGAGGAUGACCAGGUCCAAGCUGCCAAGGUCACAGCUACCGAAGCAAGGUCCGUUCACCAAUACAACAUUUCUAAAGAGCAGUGAGCAGAUUCUCCAGUGGUGAGCAGGGGAAUACAUAUGAAUUGGGACCUGCAGGCCAAUGUAUCCCUGAGGAAAAGUCCACAAGAACAAUUCAAGAAACUAGUAAGAAAUAAGAGGCAGAAAGCCACGGGACAAAAGCACAGCAGGCUUCUGCAAGGUUGGAGAUUCUCUCAAAGCCAGGAUCAGUCUCACCUGCCAAAGUCCAUGUCCCACAAAUAACAUUUCACCUUCAGUCAAGAAAAGAAGCAGAGUUUGAAAAACAUGGCUCAUCUGAACUUGAGCCUCAGCUAUGUACUUCAGAUCACAGCUCAUACCUACCCUUUUACCUAAACCACAGCCCCUGUCCAGAACCACAAUGCCUGGACACCAAGGUGGUCCUGGAGGGAAAAUUGUGUUUAAGGGGGUAACAUUCCAUUUGGGUACAUUGUAGCCAUUGGACCCCCUGCUCUGGGAAAAGCAGCUGGGUUUGUGCCAGGGAGGCUCCCCACUCUAGGAAAUGGGACCAAACUCUUGCCUGCAGGGCCAUUCAUCCUUGGAAAGGAAGCAGGGUUUAGACCCAGGGUCCCAGUUGGCCUUGCAAAAGGAGCUGGGUUGAUACCCACUGGGCCUGCUGGAGAAGAGCCCAGGGGCCCAGCAGCUGACCUGGGGAAAGCAACUUGACCAGGGCCUAAUGGGCCAGCAGACCUUGGAAAAGUAGCUGGACUUGGACCCUGCAGGCCAGUGGCCCUUGGGAAGUUAGCUGGGUUGGGACCUAAUGGCCCAGAGGCCCUUGGGAAAAUUGCUGGAUUUGAGCCCUGGAGGCCAGCAGACCUUUGAAAGGUAGCGGGGUUUGAAGCCAAUGAGCCAGAUGACUGAGAGAAGGCAGUUGGGUUCAGUCCCCCUGAACUGGUUCCCCUUGGGAAGGGAUUGGCAUUUAUCCCCAUAGGGCCAGCUGGCCUUGAGAAAGGAGCUGAAUUAGGGCCUAUGGGACCAGGAGCCCGUGACAUGGGAGAUGGAUUUGACCCUGGAAAGCCAAUUCCCCGAGAGCCAGGACCCGAAUUUGGGCCUAUAGGGCCAGGUACUCUUGUCAUAGAGGAUGGGCUUGUGCCCAUGUUUCCAGAAGCCUGUGAGAAAGAAGCUGAAUUUGCUCCUAGAAGACCUGCUGCUCUUAGAAUGGGGGCAAGAUCUAGGCCUUGAGGUCCAGCCAUUCUUAAGUUAAGACCAGAUCCUGUGCCCAAGAGGCCACCAGCUGCUCUGACAUCCAGAUUAGGGCCUGGACCUAGGCCACCCACCCUUGGAUUGGGCCCAAGGCCUGGGCCCAGGCCACUUGCUCUUGGAUUGGGCCCAAGGCCUGGGCCUUGAAACAUACCUGACCUGGGAGCAGGAUUUGUACCUAAGAAGCCUGAUCUCAAAUUGGGACUUGGUCCUGGGCCAAGGCCAACUGGCCUAGGAUUGGGAGGACCAUUCCCAGAGGUCAAAAGGACACCUGCUCUCAAGUUGGGUCCAGAUCCAGGGCCCAUGGGGCCGCCACUUCUGGGGUCAGGACCUACUCCCAGGAGACCACCUGUCCUCUGGUUGGACAUAGGACCUGUGCCUGGGAGACCUCCUAAUCUUGGGUUAGACAGAGGCCCUGGGCCUGGAAGAGCCCCUGCUCUAGAAUUUAGACCUGGGCCUGGGCCUGGGCCUGGGCCUGGGCCCGAGCCCAAGAGACCACCUGGCCUUGGGAAAGAAACUGUGCCUGUGCCAGUGGGGUUCAUCCCUCUUGGAAAAGAAGCCAUACUUGGGUCACGAGCACCAGCAGGGAAGGGCGCUGGAUUUGAAGCCAAAGGGCCUGAUGGAGUUGGAAAAGGAGAUGGAUUCCUUGGAAAUGGGGCCAGAGUUCCACCAAGAGAACCAGCUGCCAUAAGGAAAGGAUCUGAGUUCACGCCCAGUGGGUGGCCUGUGUUCAGAACAGGACCCCCCUGUGGUCCCAGUGAGCCGUCGAGCCGUCCGCGGGGUGGCAGUGGAGCACGAGUCCAAGGAGUUGGCCGCUCUCUAGGGAAAAUCCGGGGUUCUUUCAUACUUUCUUGGGAACGUUGGUGAUAAUGGGCUUGGGGCGGGUUUUGAAAAGGAUCUUGUUUUUAAUGAGUGCUGUCACCAGGUACCGGGUGCCAGUCUCACGGCCAAGCUCAUCACAGUCCUGCUCCCGAGAUGUGUGUUUGACAAGGACGGCAAAAGGUUUCUCCAGGUGGAUGAUUUUCCCAUACAGGAUAUGAUGCCCCACGAUCAGCACAGGGAUUCCCUUUGGCAGAACAAGAACAAGAUGCUUGAGGUUCAGGGCAAGGUCAUAACACACAGGUGCCUUCUGAAGCUGCUCUUGGCAGGCAAUGCUGGCACCUCCCUUCCCUGGUCUGGCUCUACCAUUGUUGAGCAGCCACUCUGGACAACCCACCCUCCAGCCCUUUUCACGCUUUCUAGCCCCACGCAAGAGAAUUUCCACUUUUAGAAAUGCAAUCCUUCCAGAUUUCCCAAGACUAAAUCUCCCUGCUACUGCAGAGAUGGGGGAGGAGAACAAGCAGAUAGCUCAGCAGAUUAGCUAGACUUUGAAUAACAAACCUGAGGGCAGUCCUCACUCUGGGUCCUGGGAGCACCACCUUGGUGUAGCUUGCUUUCCUGAGGCAUUAGGCAGGGAAAGAAAAGCCCCCUCACCUCAGUGGUGUAAUGUAGGUCUCCCAGGAGGUUUCCAGCUAAUCCGGUGCUGUAGCGAGCCUCGAUCUCCCCCUGUAGCUCCAUCAGCACCCAUUCUGCCAGGCCUCCAGCCCCAGCACUGCAAGCAAAGGGCUGG